AUGUGUGGGAGAACGGCUUGGUAUGACACAUCACCGAAAAUAGCAACUGGAAAGCCCAACAUGUAAACUUUAAAAAGCGUUUUUGUUUCAUCAACAAUUAUUUGUCUUUGUUGUUCUUCAGUACGCUAGCGCCCGAUGAAAUCCCCAAGGCAUGCAGAUACAAAGGAAAGGACGGAAAAACACAAGAACCACAAUGGAGGGAUGGUGGAAGUGGAGCAACAUAUUAUCCUUCACAUAACAUUAGUCCGCAAUCUUUUACGUGAGUUUGUGUGUACAGUCGUCAUCGUGUAUUUUGCGUUUCAUUUGUGGGUUGUGUGCUUUGCGAAAAUUUCAUGGUUCAGAAAUGUUAGGAAUGUUUGCAGUCAAGAGGAAAUUGUGGUGUGACAUGGCGAAAAAAAAUGGAACAUGGAAGUUCACUCAAUUUCCUUGCUCUCCAUAAACACGUUUAAGCGUAAUACAUCCCCCGAGAUAUCUGGCUCUCUCAAGUUUUUCCUGAACUCAUACGUGACUUCGUUGUACCAUUCUUUUGUCUGUCAAACAAUACGUGAUUCCUCAUUUCAAGUCUCAGGUCAAACGAUAUAAAUGUGCAUACAAUUUUCUGUUUAGCUUCAUGUUUAUUUUGUCUCUUUUAUUUGAUCGACAAGGCCGUCAUGAAAGAUUAGUUAUUGGAAACUGAAAACUGAACUUUUAUAACUAGCUUCCGGGGAUGUUAUGUAUACGUGUCCCUGACGCCUUUAAUCUCUGACCGUUUAAAGACAUCUUGCCAUUUUGUCACCCUUUUUAAGACUGAUCUCAUUUUGCAUAUAGUUUUGACAGCAUAGACUGAAUAAGGUUUGAAAAAACAAAUGUCGGUACCUCACAUGCAGACUGCACACGAUCAAAUUAUGUGCACACCUUGUUCAAGGCUUCCCAUGAAGAAAGACACUCUGUUGAAGGCACUAAAAAUUGAAACUCAGCAUGAAAAGAAAGUCGUGUCCGAUAGCCCAGGACUAGCGGAUUUUUCUAUCGGGCUAGUGAUUUUUGUUCUUAACUUGCCCUACAGGCAAGUGCUGUGUUUUGGGGAAAUUCAAAUUACAGAAGGAUGGUAAUCAAUCCUGCUAAUUAUCAAAAAGGGUUUUGGGGCUAGUUGGAAUGACUUGUGGGCUAGUACAUGCUAGCUACAGCUUGCCCGAAAGGCAGGCUGUAAAACUGGCUUUCUUUAGAGGUAAAAAAUUAUACCCCAUUGGGCAGCACAUACCUUUAUAGGCAACUCCCCCAGGCCUCUGCUUGCUAGGGAUUAUAAUAAAACUGUUGCAAGCCAAAAAGUGCCAUUAGAAAAUAUCAAAAGUAAUGGAAAAAUCUUUUAAAAAAGUAAAAAUACAAGCACAUUUUUAAAUUUCUUUACUUAAUCAUUAUUCAUAUAUUCUAUAUGCAUGUUAUUUUCAGUCCAGUACUUUUAUCCAGCCAACAUUUCAACGAUGUGGCCUCAGAGGCUGUGCCUGAAAGAGUCCUACAGCCUAUGCGCUGGGGAUUAAUCCCCUCCUGGUUUCAUGGAGAUCCCAAAGAGUUUAGCUACAACAUGAGCAAUGCCCGAAGUGAUUCUUUGUUGGACAAGAAAUCUUUUCGAACUCCUCUUGAGACAGGCAAAAGAUGCGUCAUCUUGGCAGAAGGGUAAAGCAUUUAUUUUAUGAUAUGUAAUUCAUGUUUUGUAUUUAUUUAUAGAACAGUUUAUUGAUUUUACUUUUAAGCCACCUAUCCAAGACUUUGCUCCGAGACAAAAUUGGAAAAGAGCCCAAAAUUAGUUCUGAUCCUAUGAACUCAAUUGUGUCUGACAUAGAAAUUGUACAAAUAUGUCUGUUAUGCCCCAGGGAUCUCCUCUGCAUGCAGAGGCUCUUACUGGGUAUUCCAAUAAAAAAGCUAUAAUUAAAAAUAGUAAAUGGUCAGUGGACAAUGGGAAGAGGGAAAAAGCAUGGCCUUUCCAUUUUUCAUUUGCUGUAAGUUGCUAGGGAACACCAGCUGCUACUUGAGGACAGCCCUGUGGCUAUCCAUUAAUGCGUUACAUUAUUUUCAUACACAUCAAUAAGCUGAGUAAUAAAAAGCAGUUAUAACAAAGUUUGGUAAAAUUUGAUUGCAAACUAAGUCAUCAGGCUAUUAUGAAGGGCCAAGGGUGGGGGAUUUUGCGAGGCUGUGAUCAAUUUGAAUGGUGGCUACUCUCUUGGCAUUACAAAAAUUUGUCAAAUUCUUUUCCCAUUUCCCCAGGCCACCUACCUAAAAUUAGGUCAGGGGCAUUGUUGUUAACAGAAUUGCACUUUUGUAUUUAAAAUAUUUAAUAGUUAUAUGUUUACUUACAGGUUCUUUGAGUGGGAAACUGUUAAGAAAGGAAAGAAACAACCUUAUUAUAUCUAUUUCAAAGGAGAUGGAAAAGUGAAACCAAAAGAGGAAGGAAAUGUCUCUGAAGAUGAUACAGAAGAUAAGGAGCUGGCUUCAAUGAAAAAAGAGGACACAGCAAAAUGGGGAGAAAAGAGACUUUUAACAAUGGCUGGUCUGUUUGAUCAUUGGAAAGCACCAAAAGUAGGUAUUUUUUAUUAUAUUUUCUAAAGAAAAUCUUUUAGCUAGGUUAGGAAAACAAAUCUAUUGUUAAUCUUAGAUCAGCAGGCCAACUUAGUACAGAUCAAGUGUGCAUCUGUGGCCAUCAUACUGAAAGAUAAAGGUGGCUGAACACAGUUUGUUAGGUUAUGAGUCAUUACUAUUCACUCGUUGUGCACUUUCAGGUCCACAAAAACAUAUAACAAAGGAGUCUGACGGGUUUCAUAACCAUUCCACUCAAUUAACUAUGAUGGCACCCAACUCAACUGUGUCCUGAUACAUUCUCAAAGGAAGAUUUCCUUUGAUUCUUCUGUCUUUUGUAAAACUUUCAGGAUGUUUCAGGUGAAGUCAGAGAUCUGUUUUCCUAUACAAUCAUCACAGUGAAUUCAACUUCAUCACUUGACUGGCUUCAUGAUCGAAUGCCGGUAAGCCUUUAUACACUGAUAAAACUUCUAUAGAGUUAUAAUUAUUUUCUCUUACUUUUGAGCAGGAUUUUUCAUCUCACUCCAAAUCCUCUUUAUUAAUUUUCUCACUACCUCAUGUGAGCAUUCACAGCUCAUAAUUAUUAUGUAGGCAUACAGGGAUGCAGGUUCAAUUUUCAAAUAAUUAAUUCAUAAUUUAAUGAAAACUUAUGGGGAAGGCUCGUCCUGGCUUGACUGUAAUUUUAUAAGUACUAACAAACAAACAGUUGUUUUUGUCUAACUUUUUCUUAAUGGAAGUUGUUAUAAUUAUUUUUAUUGUAAUGUAGGCUAUUUUAGAUGGUGAAGAGGAGGUGCGGCAGUGGUUAGAUUAUGGAGAAGUUCCUUGGCGAAAGGUACAUUUGUAGUAAAAUCUUUUAAGUUCUUGUCUGAGCGUUGACAUGUUUUAAAAACAAGUUAAGAUGGAGUCCAUCAGGAAAUUGAGUAAUUGUAAUUUUUAGUGGACAAAAAUCUUGUACCAGAAAAAUUUAAAGAAUAUUGCAUUCUUUUUUACAUUUUUCAAGGGCUGAAGAUGUAAUAAAUAAUCUGUAGUAACACCAAAGAACAUUUCUCAUGGAAGUCCGAGGAAAUUAAAUGUCAAAUUUAACAAGAAUUGUUAUUAUACAGGUAAAGUUCUAAAAAUUUCAUGUGUAAGGUGUAAUUUUGUGAAAUUUAAAAUUCAUUUUCUCGGGCUGCCAUGAGAAAUUUUUUUUGGUGUUACUACAGAUGAUUUAUUACAUCUUUAGCCCUUGAAAAAUGUAAGAAAGAAUGCAAUAUGCUUUAAAUUAAUCUGGUACAAGAUUUUUGUCCACUGAAAAGCAAAAUUACUCAAUAUCCUGGUGGAUUCCGUCUUAAUAAUUUGCUAUUUUGCAUUGCAGGUAUUAUUUUAUCCGCUUUUUGUAGCUUGUUCAUUUAAAUUUGGAGCUACAACUAAUCUUAUGUUUGUUUAUUUUAAGGCACUGGAGCUUGUUAAACCCAAAGAUUGUUUGGAAUGGCAUCCAGUCUCUUCGGUUGUUAACAACUCUAGAAAUAAAUCCCCAGAGUGUAUCCAACCAAUUGAUCUGUAAGUAUUUUUUUUGUAUUUUCUUGUGUAACCACUUUGAAAAUCUUCUGUUAGUCCACCUCCCUCUGUAUCCAACAUGUCUACUUCCUGAUCACAUCAAUCACCUUGUUCCAGUUCUCCCAUGAGAGCUGUAUAAGCAAGGCAGGACCGAUGCUCACUCACACCUGGUACAUCAACAAUCUUGUCAAAAGCUCAUCCUUAGCUCAGUGCAACCCCAAGUAUCAGGCUCUAUUGACUCAACCUCCCUUGACGUUGGCAGUACUCAUUCACAUUCCUUGCUUCCACCUUGCAUUUCACAAGUGCAGAAUAAGCAGGGAAUUUUGUCAUUCAUUCACCAGAAGUUGGCAUAAGAAUCAUAAGUUUUAGGCACCCAUGCGGGGUUCCUUGUUUGAAAUUUUGGUCACCCGUGGGCAAAUCGUAGGUGCCUCUGCUGACUGGGUGCCCAUUAGGCAGCAGCUGGUUCCUCUAUGCUUUCUUCCUACAUUCUCUGGUUCAAUUGUCAGUUGUUGAAAUGAACUGUGUGAGAUCUCCUGGAAUGUACCCUAGCCCUAGCUUUCUUCAACCAAUCUGUUCUGUUCUUGACACAGUUCACUUUUUCAAAUGGUCCCUCCCACUGUAAAUGGAAUUUGUUUGCAGCACUUAAUCACCAGUUAGAUACACCGUAUGUUUUGUGCCCUUGUCAGAACCGCUUGUGCGGAUGCAGGUCCCUCCUACCAGUUGUGACAUCAUCAGUUUUAACAGCUAAGAACAACUUUGUCCGCCAACUUGUGCAGGGUGAAGAGAUCUUUUAAACCAUACCAGAAUGAGCACAAUUAAGUCAAGGAGACUGGAGAAAAAGGUAAAAAACCAUGUAACAUUGACCCAGAAAUUUCUGUGAAAACUUGCUUCACUACCCACCUACUUUUUCAUCUAAUCCCAAAAUCCUAACAGCUUUUCUGAAAACGUUUCCCACCAAAAUGAAGCCUACCGAAUGCCCAGCAAGGGAAAAAAUAAGGCAAGAAAAGAGAAAGAAGAGGGGAGAGAAGAAAGCGAAAUUUUACUUUCUGCGCAUGCCCGGACUUCACAAGCCGAUAUUUUCACUAGUCCAAGCUAGUGGUAUGGCAUCCUUGCAGGUCCGUUUGUCAAUCCAAAAGGCAUUACUUUCCAUUGGUAUUGUGUCUGAUGAGUAGAGAAGACAGUCUUCUGCCUAUCAUCUACUUUUACUUGCACCUGCCAGUACCCAGGCUGGAAAGCAAAUGUGCCCUCACCAAAGACGUCUAACAUGUCAUCGGUCCAAGGUAGUGGUAUGGCAUCCCUCUUUGUCAACUGAUUAAGUUGCAGUAGCCAAUUCUCAUAUGGUAUGCCCUGAUGUGUUCCCUGGGAAGUACCAAAGAACAGUUCCAUGGACUUUUAAAUGGUAAAACCAUUGAGUGCCAUUAUGUCAUUAAUUGAGUUCUGAGGAGUUGAGAAGGCAGUCUUAAACCUGUCCUAGAUUCACUUGCAUCGGUCAAGGUCUCUAAUAUACUAUUGCUCCAAGGUAGUAGUAUGCCAUCCUUUUUUGUCAACUAAGUCAUUGCAUGUAUGGUAUGUCCUGUUGUGUUUCCCAGAAUUUACCAAAAGAUUGCUCCAAGGACUUUGAAAUGGUUCAAUCCAGCCUGUAGCUAGUAACUCUUCCAGCUACUGAGUGAUAACUUCUUCUCUAUAGGGUAGUAUUGGGCGAGGAGACUGUUUCAGUGGCUUGCAGUCAUUGGUGUCAAUUACAUGAUGCUCAUCUUUUCUAAAUCACAGCUGUCUUUUGCAAAGUUGUCCUCAUAUUCUGUUACCGGGGACAAAAACUGCCCUUUUUGGUCUUUUGAUAGCCCUUCUAGGUUACUUUGCCCUCUUACCGCCACUUUUCAUCCUAUAUUGGUUGCUUCUCUUUCACCACUGGAUUGUCAAUAUCUGAGAAUAAUGUGGGUGAGAGAUAUUGUUUUCUUCCAACCUAGAAAUGUGCUAUAUAUUUGACACAAAAUGUCCCAUUUCAAUAGUAUGGGACUUGGAAAGUAAUUUACAUUUGAUCAGAUCUCAAAAGCUUACAAACAUUUUUGAGUCGCAAAGUUUUGUUUUUGUGAAUUUCCUUGAGUUCAGAUUUUUAACUUUAUGUGUUUUUUAAGUAAUAUGUAAACUUUUUGCAGUGUUUUUGUUUUGUAUUCACUAGUUAAGUGCGAAAAAUAAUAAAGUUGUUUCAUUUGCCCCCCCCCCCCACAAAAAAAUGUGCAGAAAAGUCUUUACUUUUUAAGGUAGGUCUUAGACUCUCUGCAACUUGGACUUUACUAUUCACUUCCCUUUCUUUACAUCCAUGACCACUUUUCAUAACUCCCAGAGGUGUCCAUAGAAUAAGGGAGCUUUGACUGUUUACUAAUAACCCUUGAGGUCAAUAUGAAUUUAGCUGUGUAGGCAUACAAUCCCCUCUCUCUCUCUUAAUGGAAAACCCCUAUAGAACAUCUCUAAGGUACAACAUAGUGGUAUAGCCUCAGUGAUUUUAAUCUUAGAGAGAGAGAGAGAGAGUUGACUGUAUUAAACGACUGAAUCCCAGUACUGUUAAUUGUAUACUUCGUGCUGGGGAUAGUGGUCAGAAAGAGCUCUUGUUCUCUAAAAAUGCCCUUGUAGAGUAGCCAAUACAUUAUUCCUGGCAGCAAAGCCCUCCCUGACCUGCUUACAGUGGGACUGUAUGCUUCCACCGGCAGGUGUGACAGAUGUGUCUCUGGCACCUUAAAACCAGUACUCCAGGAAAGAAAGAGGAGAUCUGUCUUGGAUGAUGCUCUCAGUCUUCCCACAAAUGUAGGGAACUCUGCAGUAAAAACCUUGGGCCAUGAAGCCUGAGGCUCAAAGUGAUUUUCGGACAGUGGUCGGACACAAAGAAAUUUUUGCUUGGUCAAAUCUCAAAGAAAUUCUGGUUUGGUCAAAUGUUGUUUCUGAAUGGUCAAAAUAUCAGAUUGGGAAAAAAGUAAACAAAUCUAUGUGUAAUUUGCUAUUUGUGAACGUGACUGUGUAUUUUUACAGAGACAAAAUCUAAGAUUUACAGGUGAGGAUUUGGUUAUUUUUUCUAGAAUAAGGGUGUUCACGGCCAGUGAACAUGAACAGCGAGUGAAGUUUUUUGCCAGUCAAGUUACCAUACUAGCUAGACAUUAUUGAUGUUAUCCGUUGACCUUCCAUUAUUUGAGCCCUGCAGCCAUUAUAGCUAUUAUCUUUACAAGUACUGAAGACACUGUAGGGGUAAUUUUUUUAACAAGAAAAUAAUCCAUGAUUCACAUUUUUUAAUAUUAGGAAAUACAAUGUACUUUCAGAUCCAAACAAAAGGAGAAGCCAGUUGCUGGGACUCUCUUUUCAUACUUCAAAAGGUCACCCAAGAAAGAAGAAAAAACUUCAACUGAAGAGCCCUCACCUAAGAAAACAAAAUUUCAGGGAAAAUAA